AUGUUGCGCCGCCUCCUCCUCUGCACGGGCAUUGAGGGCUCGAGAUGGUGCUGGAUUGACAAGGAUGCUGAAUUUUCGUGGCCAGGAGGCAGGAGAGUUGCUGAAGGAUCUGAUGAACCAGUCGUUUUGAACAAGAAAACGUCCUUAGAGGCCAAGUAUAACAACACAAUGGAGUACCCAUGGAGUGAAAUCAUAAUCGCGUAUUCCCAAGUGCUGGUUCACACCAACAAGAUGAAUUGGCAAGAGGCGUACAAAGAGCAAUCUGCCGCGUUCCAAGCAUUCUUGCGUUACUUCAUUACGCAGACUCGAUGGGUGCUGCCUGUGUUGAAACAAAUGCUGCAAGACCUCAAGACUAUUGCUGAGCUUGCAGAUGAACAAGCGUUCAAGGCCAACACAAAAGCCCCUUCAUGCAUGGAGGAUACUGCGCGUCUUGCCAACAAGGCUUUUAGCAAUUGUGUUACCGACAGAACUUCUUCGCCUUCAGAAUCUCGCAAGUGGGGAAUAUACUAUGUCGUAGGCAUUGUGAUGAAAUGUUACUUCAAGGUGAAUCGUAUAGCACUCUCCCGGAACAUCAUGCGUGCGAUUCAUGCCAACGCAGACAUACCUCCACUGGAGCAAUACCCACGUGCGGAUCAGGUGACUUAUAAAUACUACGUAGGGCUGAUUAACUUUCUUAAUGAGAAUCACCAAGCGGCAGAAGAGGAUCUAACCUAUGCAUUCUACCAUUGCCACCGAGCUUCAGACCGUAAUCAAGAAUUGAUACUCACAUAUCUUGUGCCACUUCGUCUUUGUCGCGGAAUUCUGCCAUCCAAUACAUUAUUUACUCGGUUCCCUCGACUCGGCGAGCUCUAUUCUCCCUUUGUCAUCGCAAUUAAAAAUGGUGACCUUCGUGGAUAUGACGAGGCUCUCUUAUGGGCUGAGCGACGCUUAACGGACAUGGGAACAUAUCUCACAGUCGAGAAAGCACGAGAGAUAUGUGUGCGAGAGCUAUUACGAAAAGUCUGGCUUGUUCAUGAAAAGUUUCACCAGGUUCCUAUAUCCUUGUUCCAUGCGGGAUUCCUCGCAGCCGGCCAGGAAAUGGAGGCGGUCGAAGCUGAGUGUAUGGUCGCUAACAUGAUUCACAAAGGUUACAUCCGUGGAUACAUAUCUCAUGAGAAACAGACGGCAGUGUUAUCUAAAACUGCUGCCUUCCCAGCAUUCACUGAACGAAAGUCUGCUUGA